AUGCCGCGAAAGAAUGACAACAGUUCCAUGGCAGCGUACCUUAGCGGCAACGCUCCCCCAGCUCACCCUGCUCAGCAAAAGAUCAUCUUCACUCCUGGCCACCAUCGAGGACGAAACGGAGCUCCACGGGCGCCGAAGAUGCCGGAGAAACCAGUCGCCCCCUUUGUCAGAUAUUCUCAGAAACACUGGGACACGGUGAAAACGAACAAUCCGGACAUGAAGAUGUGGGAGAUCUCCAAGUUCAUCGCGAAGAUGUGGCGCGAUGCGGCGGAAGAGGAACGCGAGACUUUUAUUCAAGGAUAUGAUGCGGAAAAGAAGCAGUAUCAUGAGCUUGUUAAGCGAUACUACAGCUCGCCACAGUAUCAGAACUAUCUUCAGCAAAAACAACGCUGGGAUUCGGCAGAAGUCCGAGACGACGACGAAAUGACCUUUUCCAUGGAGCCUAUCGACGAUGUCGCUACAGAUGACAACAGCUGCAGCAAUCGAGCAGUUCAUGCCAUGAGAUAUCACCGGAAUACGUACCACAUGCUGGAGAUUUUGUCCGACAACAAUGUCAACAAUCACAUGAAAAUCAUGCGCGCGGACCAGAUUCAAGCCUUGGACUACCACAGAAACAGCCUGACGAACAGCAUCGCGCAGAAAAAAGACGACAUCGAUUCAGCAAAACAGGAACACGAAGCAAAGAAGCGACGAUGGGAGCAGAACUCCGAAGAUCUUGAAAAUGAGUGGAAAAGACUCGCAGAAAUGACUCCACAAGAAUACUUCAAAGAAUACACGAAAAAGCAAGAAGACCUCAAAAAACAGCGAGAAAAAGAGGAAGAAAAACGCCGCCAAGAGGAAGAAGAAAAAGCUCGUCUCAAGAAACUUGAAGCUGAGAGACAAGCCAAACUGGCCGCUGAAGAAGCUGCGAAGAAUCCACCUCAGCAACAAGCAGCAGCAGAAGAGAAAGAAAUCAAGACGGAAAAUAACGGCGUCUCGGAAUCGAACGAAGCAGAAUUGGAGCAGAUGGAGACGAACAUUCCCGCUCCAACUAAACGUCAAGCUCUCGAUGUUCCAAAAACAGAGCCUGUCAGUACCGAAGAUGCUUCAGCUCCUGUUGCUCCAGUUUCCGCUGCUCCUGUAGCGCAAAAUCCUCUUGCCGCGAUGAAUCAGCUCGUUGGAAACGUUGAUAAACCAGUAGCAGCUGAAGUGCCAACUCUAGCUUCAGAACCUGCCAAAAUGGAAGCUCAAUCACAAGCAGUCAAGGCUGAACCAGUUUCCCAGGAAGAAGCAACCCCAACUCCCAAGGCUCCAGAAGAAACUGCCGCUCCAGCCGCAGCUUCUAGCGAUGCGGUGAAAACCGAAGAAGCAUCAUCUUCAGAAGCUAUGGAAACGGACCAACCUCCUGUCGAAACAAAUGAGAAGCCUUCAGAAAGCUAG